GUAUAUCAGCCUCCCUCUCAACGGCCCUAACCUGACCAUAUUAUUUUUCUGCCUACAAUAGAAGGUGUCACAUAUUUUUUUUUAAAUCCAAUUGAUUACGAUGCCAAAGGAUUAUUACGGUCGAGGAGAUUACUCGGACGAUGAGUCUAGUUCUCGUGGUCGCGACAAAUUCAGACGCGAACGAAGCCCUGAGAAGGAUGACUUUGGCCGAGAUAAGCGAAGAAGAAAGACCUCGGCUUCUCCUGACGACAGAGAGAGGCGUCCUAGGAGAAACCGUUCUUCUUCCAAAGAUGUCGAAGGUGAUCCGGGUGAUCGCUAUAUUCCUAAUUAUGAAAGAGAUGGCUAUAAUCCAGCUCCUCGUUACAGUCGACCUGAUCACUUUAACAGUCGCUAUGACAGCCCUGGAGGAUAUGGCGACUAUCGUGGACCAAGGCGUCGUGAUGAUGGCUAUGGAGAUAUAGAUGGACCGGAUCCCAUGCCCUAUGGGGAAAUGCCUCCGAACUGGGGAAAUGCCGACAGGAUUGACGAUCCCAUGAAGCUUGAUCAUCUGAUUUCGUUUAAGCAGUAUUGUGAAUAUCUCAGAAAUCUUGAUCGUGCUUCUCAUCGAUACAAGCGCUAUUCAGAUGAAGAGCUUCAAUCUCGGUACGGGACUUACAAGGAAGAGUUUACAGCUAAACAAUAUGCAGCAUUCUUUGAUGUUCACAAAACAGAAGCUUGGUUCCAAGAGAAGUAUCAUCCAGACUUGUCAAAGUCGCGAGCAGAAGAGGCUCAAACUCUGCGAAGAGCACGCUACAAUAAAUUUGUUGAAGACCUAGCAGCAGGAAAAUACGACAACACUACAUGUGAUGAGGCUGCUGCCAAGAAAGCGAAUGCGGCAUCAGCAGAGGCGAAGACAGAAAAAUCUGAAACAGAUGGUGAGGCUUCUGAGUCAGUGGACAAGGAUGGCGACGUCAAACUUGCAAGCGAGGACAGUGAAGAACCUUGGCUAUAUCUGAGAGCAAUUCUACCAAAUGUCACUCGAUCUUCAAUUUUGGAGCGCUGCGAAAAAAUUGAAGGUUUUGUGAUGCUUUCGUUGUCCGAACCUCAUCCCUUGAAGGAGUUGCAGAGGAUUGGUUGGAUCAAAUUCAAGCCAGGAACAGAUGUUCAAGAAGCUUUGACCACCAUAAGCGAGCCUGCGACAGAAGACUUUCAGGUAUCCACGACAGCUCACCGACCUACUCGUGCCAGAUACACGCAUGAAAUUGCCAACACUGAGGCUAGGAUUCAUGCAGAUUAUGAACUGGCACUGGAAAUUGCAAAGGUCUGUGACAGAAACUUGAUGGAGUCUGCGGAAGCGGACUCUGGUGUGGCCGUCUAUGACGGCGUAUCUUUAUUACAGGCACGCCUCAAGGAUAUGAUAUUAGAAUCAUCUGAUGUUCCUAUGGAGGAAGGAGAAGAAGAUAGCGCACAGACAGCGAUUAAUCGCGCAAAUGAGCGCCGCUCCCUUGAUUUGUUUAUUGAGUACUUGCGUCAGGUUCAUUUCUUUUGUUACUAUUGCGGAGGUGAUAGUGACAAUGCAGAGGAAUUUACGCGCAAAUGCAGCAAGCAUUACCGCAAUCCAGAGACUAAAAUUACCAAUUCCAAAGGUGCUAUCUGGGUUAAGAAUCUUGAGCAGAAGCUUAACCUGAAGCUUAAACCUCCCACGGAUGAGGAGAUUGUUAAACUUGGAGGAAAAUCACUCGAGAAGGGUGUUCUGAAGUUUUUGCAGGGCAAGACACAGCAGGAUGAACCCACAAAAUGGCGCUGCAAAAUUUGCACGAAGCCGUUCCGUGGUGAAGAAUUUGUACACAAGCACAUUCGCACUAAACAUCCAGAGGAAAUCAAAUCGGUUGAAAACAACAUUCAACUUUUCAACAACUACAUAUUGGACCCCAAUCAUAUCAACCCAUCUGCACAACAACAACAGCCCCAACCAUCAGCUGGAUUCGGAUUCAAUAUGCCAGGUCCCAUGUAUGGUGGACCGCCUAUGCAAAUGGGCUUCAUGUCGGGUGGUCAUCCUAUGGGCAUGCCCUUCAUGAACCCAGGAGUAUCACCUAUGCCAGGAUUCCCUCCCGGCUUCAUGCCACCCUCUUUUGCAACUGCUGGAGCAAUGGCAGGGUCGCCUAUGGAUCAGAUUCCUCGCAUUGGCUUUGACUUACCCAAGCGUGGCGGCUCGAAGGAUGAUGCAGGCGACAAAUCAAAGCUUAGAGGGCCGGAUCUUAUCCCCGCCCGUCCACCAUCAAUGAUGCUCGACCCCAGAAGUAGGAUGUCUGAUCCUCGCAAGGUUAAAUCAUAUGUGGAUCUGGAUGCCCCAGCUGAGGGCGAUUUAGACUCAAAGUACAACCUGUGGUAAGAGGACAGCGAACACUUCGUCCAAUGUGGGGAAUGUUCCUAUCAGAUAUACUUUGCGGAAGCCCUUCCUUGAUGCUCGACCCAAGAUCAUU